AUGAACGAAGAAUUCAAAAAAUUGCGGUUUAAUGCUUAUAAAGGCAUAUAUUGGUCGGCUAAUAUCACCCUGGGUACUAUACCUUCACUAGUGCUCAACAAUAUCACGAGUGUGGCUUAUAUUACAAUAAGUGCACCCAAUCUCUACCAAAUUCAUUCGCGUGCAUUCAGUGGUGUGUCCGUUAGGCACACCAUUCAACGUAUUACACUGCAAGGGGACAGUGCCAUAGAGUUAUCAAACUAUCCGGGAACUGAUUACGACCUUAAGGCCUUCCUGAAUCUGAUGGCAAUCACAGACAUCACAUUUAAUGUGUCCAAAAUUAACCAUAUAUCUGUCGAUGCUUUUAUAAACAACGUGUAUACCCACCCGAUUACUAUCAACUUGAAUAAGACUCAACUGUCCGACAAUAGUUAUCAAAGUGUAUUCCUAAACUUAGAGAGUAAUGACACGAUUUUGUUAUGCAAUGUGAACGGCACGUACGACGGGUCGUGGGGGAUCAGGAGGUGGCCGCCCGUUGAGCCCAACCACUACUCCACAGCUAAAUGUGCCAAUGGAAGAGAGCUGAAGUGGAUGUGCCUUCCAGACGGUCACUUCAACUCGAGCGGUCCGGAAGGGGGUGAGCCGUGUUGGUUGGAUGAGUUGGUCAAUAAGACCAUUGAAUCGGUGGACGAUAUGACCAAAUCAUUGCAGACUUUGGUGGACAACACGCGCACUAAUAACAGCUUGAAUUCAAUGAGUCAUUUGGGAAAAGUGAUGAAAGUUGUCAUCAAUUUGCAGACUUUCCUUCAGGUCAAUGGAUCCCAAGUCGAGCCCUCCAUAGCUGUCGACGUUUCCGAUAAUUUCGUGCAUACCUACAGUCAAGUGAUAGAUCAGUCGUUUGCGUGGAGUAACGGCUCCGACACCGAACGGUUGGAAACAGCGUCUCAGCUCUUGCUGUAUAUCCAAUACACGGCUUUCUCUUCCAAUUGCUAUUUAAGUCCAUUGAAUGACACGAGAAAGUUUGUGAGCGAUAAUGUCUUUGAAAUGCAUUACUUCAAUAAAACGGAUAAAAUUCUGUUUGAAUACAACUCGUCUUCAAUACUAAUACCGGACGGCAUUGUCUUCAGUGACGCCGACUAUAGCCAGUCGUGUCAGAAGAACAGCGAUUUCGGGGCUCUUAUACAGGGAUUGGAGAAGCAUUUGAGCAAAGAAUUGAUGGAUAAACAGGAAAUCAAUACCGAAAUCAUUGCUUUCAGUAUUAAUAACGCGAACGGAACUCAUGAACUCAACGAUGGCAAGAAUGUGAGGGUCAGUUUGAAGCAUAAGAGCAAGAUCAAUUUGGGCGAUGCUGUGGACUGUGUUUUCUGGGAUUUCGAGAAGAAUGAGUGGUCUUCAGAGGGCUGUAAAGUGAUUACCAGUGCCUCCAACCGCGACACAACAGUCUGUGAGUGCAAACAUCUGACAAACUUCGCGGCCCUAAUGGACACCACCGGCAGAGAGGAGAACGGGUCGGCCAAGAAUGCGGUCACUCUUCCGUUUGGUGAGGCACUCGUCGGCAAUGACUUCUUCUGUUGGAUAUCAUCACCGAAACAUCCAAAGAAUGUCCUGUAG